AGGGAAAAAGACCCCGUCCUGAGUGGGGAAUUCAGACAGUCCUCCAGCGUUUGGGCGGAACGACGACGACGACGCAAUUUUACCCUUGGACAGUCACAUUCCUUUGACCCCAAGAUCAAGGCCCUGCUACCAAGUCGCCCUUGCCCCCCCCUUUGCGGUCGCAUACUCCGGCCGUCUGACAUGACAAACCCCCCAGCCGUUAACGGCCAUGCGGUCUCAGCAAGCUCCGGCGUAGCCGACUACAGUGCUCUUUUGAAUCACCUUAUCGAUCACGAAGUUGUCGAUCAGCACAAACGGGACGCUCGUAUUAUCAUCGACGUCCUGCGAUCACAAGGCCAGUCUGACGAGGAAAUUUGGCAUACACUCUGUCAAGCUAGGAAUAGUUUGGGAGGGGUAAGCAGACCUCCGCUGACUUCGCACAAUGCAAAGAUGGGCAAUAGCUUAGUCAAUGGCACGGCGAACGGGGUGGAAAAGGGGAACAACGCAUCGGCUGCUGCCAGACGGUCUAUUCCCGGAACAGCGACGGCCUCCGGCGCCGCCGUCCCAUCACGUGACAUUCAAAGACCGACUCCUGAACAAAGCCUUCACUCGCUUGUGGCCGCGGCGUCCGAGGCGAGGGCUGCCUCGGCAGGUUCAAGCAAUGGCAUCAAUGGGUCUACGAGCUUCAGGUCGGCACCUACCCAUGCCGGUUCUUCCGCAAGUCAACCUCCCACAGACAAGUCUCACGAUCUUCGAGCGCCUCCUACUCAAGCCCCUGGAUCUCCUGGGAUUUCAGUUUCACGUCUUCCCCAUGCGGACGCACCCAGGACAAGCAUGGCGGUCGCAUCACUGGAUAGGUCUUCACAGUCUAUCGCGCCAUCAAGCCAUUCGGAAGGUUCUGAAGGUCCUGCAGUAAGACACAUAUCCCCGAAUCGACCCCCGCCGCCGCAUGGGAGGGCUUUUGAAGUUACAGUUCAGCCGGUCCGAAGCUCGCAAGUUUCUCGCGCCCUGCCCCCUCCUCCGCAGCUACCAAGACCUCUCCCUGGCCGUCCAAUGGCGGGGAGUCCGGGAGUGAGAUCGAUGGACACAUCCCCCGCGCGGGAAGCGGAUCCCGCUUUCACCAAGACAUCGUCGUCUACACCCUCUGUGAUCGGCAACGUGUCGAGCACCAUGGAGGUGUCGAGCUCUAUGAUGCAUUCUAAACCGGCUCCUGUGAUCCCGCCGGCUUCUACCGGAAGUCAGGGGCUCAGAUCCAUGUCACCUGUGAAGACGAGUAGAGCAAUAAGGACGACCGAAAGCGAGGAGCUUGCUGCCGAACAGAGAAGGAUCGAGGCGGAGCUGGAGCAAGCCAAGAAAGAACAAGAGGCUCGUCGAGAAUCUCGCGAACGUGUAAAGCAAGCUAGGGAAGAAGCCAGAGCCGCGGCCCAGGAGCUUGAACGAUUGCGCGUGGUUGAGCGUCGUAAUCGGGAAGCGCAGCAAGCCCUUGAGGACGCUGAAGCCGACUGGCAGAGAGCGGAACAGGAGAUCGAGCGUCAUGAGGCGGAGCUACGAAUCAAGCAACAGGAACUUGAGCAACGAAAGCAAGGUUUCGAUUCACUAAAGCAAGGUGUCAAACGCAAGACCACUGCGACGCCAACCCCGGUGGACGUGGACGCGAUGGUUACUGCACCCUCUGGGGCGGUGACCUCAAGUGAAGCUUUGAGGAGCCCCCAAGAUCCCGAAGGGCGAGACGCCACCAAAAAGCGCAAGGUUGACGACGGAGAACGGUCUGUCCUCAGACCUCAAAGCUUCCAACCGGUGAAUACCGAGAUGAUGGGAGAUGACGAUGACGAUGAAGUUGGCUAUGUAUCACGUGGCCCCAUCAAGAUCAGCCUGCGAUCUUCUCAACGAUCCGCGCUGCAAGGUACCCCGUUGCCAGUUCGCGCUCCGGUCUUGCCACCACCGUCCCAGCCUGUGGUGCAAUCAGCUGUCGGGCGCCCCUCGCAACCAGUUUCUGCGCAGCCUGGGACAACUUCGCAACCCAUGUCGGUGUCGUCUUCUCAAGCACCGUCACCAUCGCAUGCCGUACAGACAUCGUCUUCGUCUCCAGAUGCGGUUAGACGAGCCGAGCAAGCUGCGUCCCAGAAGAAACGCGAGGCCGAAGUCAGAGCAUCUAUAGCUCGGGACGCCGAAAGGAAACGAGCCAUGGAAGCUGAAGCCGCUCUAGAUUACAGGAAACGGGCCAUGGAUGCCGAAGCUGCUGCUGCCGUAGAAAGGAAACGGGCUAUGGAAGCACACGCCGCAGCUCAAAGGAAAGGGGCGAUGGAAGCGGAAGCCGCUGCAGCUGAGAAGCAACGGGUUAUGAAAGCCUCAGCCGCUAUAUUAGAGAAGAAAGUGAUGACAGAGCAAGCCGCUACAGCCGAGAUGAAGAAAGGGCUCAUUGAAACCCAAGCUGCUGCAGCGAAGGCCAGCGCGGUACCCUCGUCAUCGACUCCAGUGCCAUCCCGGAUCACAACCAAGACGCCUCAGCUGAUCGCUCAGCCUUUCGUUAUCCCAGACGAGGACGGCUCAAGCAUUCCCCGCUCACACAUAGCUGAGAGUAUAUCACCCUACACCCCAGUAAUUGAUGGACGUCGUCAGUCCAGCGCAAAGACGGCUAAUAUUUAUCAAUCGCUGAGCGCCAGCGUGACUCAAAAUCGGAAGAAACGAGAGUCUAUCGCCUCGGCUGGUCUACCAGCAUCCCCGAUGAAGAUCUCGGAGCCAAUCGUUAUUGAUGAUGAUGAGCCCAGCCCGUCCCGAUCUACGACGGGGAACGGCGCCCCGCACGCAGCACCAAUCACUUACAAUGUACCGAAGUGGCAAAGCGAGGUUAGCACCGCCCUUCAAAGAAUUGUUUCGCUCAAUACGUUCCAACAAAGAUCGGAGCAAUCAGGGGACAGGAAGCCUUCAGGCGCUGGGUCGAUUGCACCGGAACAACUCAAGGUCGACAAGACAGCAACGCCAGGGUUGAACGUGAAAGAUUUGGCUCGAUCAGUGCAGGAGGCUAAGGAGCAUGCUUUGAGGGCCGAAGCUACCCGCAAAGCAACUGAAGCCCAGCAACGGGAGCGCCAAGCCGAGGAAGUUCGGAAAGCGGCUGACGAACGCCGGAAGCAGCAAGAAGACGAAGCCCGGAAGAUUCGCGAGUUGCUCGAACGUCAAAAGCGUGAGAUUGCGGAACGUAAAGAACGUGAGGCCAAAGAAGCUCUCGAGCGCGAAGAAGAAGCACGCAGACGCGCCGAAGCCGAGAAGGAAGAGCAGCGGAAGCGAGAAGAAGCGCGAAAGAAACGACAAGAAGAGGAGCGCAAAAAAGAAGAGGCUGAACUCAAGCGGCGGUUGGCGAUUGUCAACAAGCAGCGCGAGGAGGCCCUCGAAAGGCAGCGUCGUGAAGAGCAGGCAAAGAUUCAACGCGAGGAAGAAGAGCGUCAAGCUCGGCUGAAGAAGGAGAAGGAGGAAGCUGCGCGGAAGGAGGCGGAACGGAUCGAGAGGGAUACUCGUCAGCGUGAAGAGUCCGAACGCAAACUGCGGGAGCAGAAAUUGAAGGAAGAGGCUGCCUUGAAAGAGCGCGAAGAGGCGGAACGAAAAGCGCAGGAACUGCGUCAGCGCGAAGAGGCCGAAUGCAAACUGCGGGAGGAAGCGGAAAUGAGAGAACGCGAGGCGCGCCUGCUGGCAGAAGAAGCAAUCCGCAAAGCGCAGAAAGCACAGGAAGCCCUACGCCAAGAAACAGAACGCAAAUUGCGGGAGCAGCAACAGAAACAAGAAGCUGAGCUCCGGAGGCAAGAGCGCGAAGAAAAAGAGCGUAAGGAAAGGGAAAAGCUCGCUCGUGAAGAAGCGGAACGCAAAUGGCGGGAGGAGCAGCAGAAGCUGGAGCUCCAAAAGCAGGAGCGGGAGGAAGGAGAGCGCAAGGAAAGGGAAAAGCUUGCUCGCGAAGAGGCAGAGUGCCAAGCUCGUGAGCUACGGGAACGUCAGGAAGCAGAGGAGGCAAAGCGUCUGGCACGCGAAGAAGCCGAGCGAAAGGCGCGCCCUGAUGCUGCGAUGAAGAAAGCGCAGGAGGAGGAGACGCGGAGGAGGGUGAAGGCCGAUCAACAACGUGUGCAAGAGGAGGAGGCACGAAGACGCGAAGGGGAAGCUCGAGAAGCUCAGAAGCGAGAAGAAGCGACCAGAAUCGAGCGCGAAAAGGCUGAAGCAGCCGCACGUAAGCGGGAGCAAGAUGAAAUCAAGAAGCUAGAGUUGCAAGAAGCUCUCCGCAGGAAUCGAGACGCGGACGCUGCUCGGAAGCCACCGCACGACCAGGCUCGCAAAGAAGCUGAGAGGAUGAGAGCGAACCUACUGCGACAAUCGACAAAGUCCCAGUCGGCCUCACCCGCAUUGGCACCCGUUCCGGCACCCGCUCAGUCCCGAACAAUGGCAGAACCUGAACGACUCGCCUUAGAGCUCAGGCAAAAGCUGUUGGUUAAGAAAGCGUCGAAAAGCGGGACGCCUGUCACGUCUCCUUCUAAGGACGCGAAAGAUUCCGGGGCUAACGCUUCGCAAGUUGACGCCGAGCUCAACGCGAUUCUCCAACGUGUCAACGCGCCGAGGCGAUACAAGCUGAGAGAUGACUUGGAGGACGGGGAAAUACCGGAUUCCAGCAACGCCUCUGCGAAGGGUCAGGAUUCGGCUGAGCAUUCCCCUACUCAUUCGCCCAUGAUCUCUCGCGCAGUUCUCAAGGUGAGCUCAAACUCGGCGGGUAAGAAGCCUGCGUUUCAAUCGUCUCUUCGGACCAAUGCUCCUGGGCCGUCUUCGAAGCUACAUUCUGCCGCGUCGUCGCCAGAAAGGAUCGUCACUGGCAAACCUGAUGCGCAAGAUGAACCUGCGGUGAAGAACGAAAGCAACCCCAGCACGCCACUUACUCAUGCUGUUCAGACUCCGGCCAAGCAAGAGAUGGGCUCUGCAGAGGAGAACAAUCAAGCCGUCGUUCGAUUUGCCACCACGGUAGAUGCUCCGCGUGUGCCAUAUCCGCCGAUGGUCAAUCACCCACUUGUGCCUUUCGGUCAUUUCGGAGCUCCUGUCCAUCAUAGUCAGUCAAUGCCACUUGGUCUUGAUCCCGCCGGCCUCCAGCAGCUGUUGAACGUGGUACCACUGGAAAGCCGCCAAACGUUCUUGGCCACCCUUCAUCAAGAACACAUCCGUACGGUCGCGCGGCAAGCGGAGGAGCGAGCGCGGCAGCAAUGGGAUCAAAUGUACGGACACCUUUUUUCGGGUUCAACGUCAAGCACAGCUCAGCAACCGGGACAACCGCCAAUGUCCGGCGCUUCGUCACCACCGACUGAUGUCCCAACCAUGCCAACCGCGUCAAUAGGAGGACGACCCACUUUCCAACCGGCUGGAAACCCGAAUGGCCCUUCCGCGCCUCUAACGAAUACAGGUGGAGUGCAAGGUAGCGCACUAGGUAGCCAUUCUAUGCUUCCCGCACCAGUUGUUCCCGGCUCUAUGGGGGGAAUGGCAGGGAUUCCCGCUAAUGCAGUUUUAGGAGGAGGAGGAUUUAGUGCGGCACCACCACUCCAGUUCAAUCCGCCGUGGGCGCCACCACCACCGCACCAUCAAGCGUGGCCAGCCCAUAUGAUGGCAACGCCCGCGCAUGCGAAGCACCCUGAUACCAGGAGUGGCGUCUUCACCUUUUCCCCCAUGUCACAAGUGGACUCGCCGCUACUCGCCAACGCCAAUGCCACAACAUCGGCACAAGCUUACUCACCCGCUUUCGGCAAUCAUGCGGUGUCGUCAAAUCAAGGAAAUGGCGAGCCUGGGUUUUCACCAGCAGAGUCCGUUAGUGGCACAGCUACUGCUGCGCCGAGAAAUGUAGUCGGUGAAGACCCGGACGUGAUAGCGGGGAUCGCUGGGCGAUUGAAAUUUGUCAAGCAACAUGCUGGUCAAAAGAAGACUGAGGGGCAGUGAGAGAGAAAGACAAAAGAAAACGAAGAAGAUGCGACUACGACGCUCCGAUAGAAGAUGACCGCUCUCAUGAGGGUUCGCGUACAGCUCAUUGGGAGUUGGCCGUCCCUUGUGAUAUCUCCUCCUACUGAUGGAGACAACCGUCUCCUUUAUGUCUGCCGAAUGUUUACCGUAUGUCGUGGAAUGAGCUCUUUUGGAUCGCACCCAAACCCCUGUGUAUGUAUAUAGAUGUGCUUUUUUAUUUUGUACGGUGUCAUGUAUAUCGAAUGGGCUUGAGCCUUUUGCUU